AUGACUCGCGAGAGGCUAAGUUGUCUUAUCGUCGGUGAUACGCCAGCAGCACAGCUGUUGGGCUGGAGAUUAAGCUUAGGAAGUUCUUUUAUUAUCUUGGCUUCUCAAUAUGUCUCGAGCGAUGGACUAGUCGCCUGGAAGUCCUCUAGAUUAGGCGCCAAUUUCUACACACCGAAUAUUUUUGUUAAAAGUGUUAAGGAAUUACCUUCAAAGCUUUUAGAUUCUGAACAUGGUACUUGUAGGUACCCUAUCGAUAUAAUGAUAAUUGCUGGAAUAUCCAUUGCUGCUCUGGAGGAAAGCUGUCACAUUUUAUCGAAGUUUGUCACCAAAGAUACAACGGUUCUUAUGAGCGCUGACUUUGGUUGCGAGUUGGAGAAGAUUGCUUUGAAAACGAUGGGUGACCGUUGCAAAUGUGUCCUAUCUAUUGCUUGUGAUGUUGAAUGCCGGCAGUUAUCUUUAGGGUCAUAUGCGCUGGUCAAUGACGACAAUUGUGAGAUCUAUUUUGGUAUAACCUACUCUCCACAAAACUAUGCAAACGACUUGCUAUUUGUUCAAAACGAAGAGAAGGUACUUGUGGAGUUGAAUGAGAGUAGUGGUUCUACUAUCAGCCGCAUGAUCUCUCAGUUGGAGGCGACACAAUGGAUGAAGGUAAAACUUUUAAAAGACUCUCAAAAGAUGGCCUUAAAACUUUGGCAACUCAUCAUUCCCAAGAUCUCUCUGAAUAUUCUCUCGAUAAUAUAUGAGCAGUUCGAUUAUGAAAAAAUGCUAGAGAACAAGUCAACAGAAAUUAUUUUCAAAGGUCUAGUUCAUGAAUUGCUGGAUAUAUGCUCUGCACAAUGCAAAUCCAAAGUAGAGGAAUUCUUGAUGGAAUCCGAAGAAGAUUUGAAGGAUAGAGAAGUCAAUUUUAUGAAGGUAAUUGAACAGUGUAAGACAAAGAGAAUGGAGCUGAUUACUACUACGGCUAAUGAAUACCCGGAGUAUUUAUUCCUUCCGUUUGAAUCAUAUUGUUUCUAUCAUCGUUUUGAAUAUCCUGCUCAAGUGCUUCUAUACCAGCCAAUAUUGCUGGCUGAAGAAUUUAACGUAUCGUGUUCCAAUUUGAAUUUUCUUUAUGGAUUUUACACUAGGCUAUUAUCUCUGAGUGGUUUAUCAAUCAAUGGGGGUAGGCUGGAUCAGGAUGCAUCAAGAUUAAAUGAUAGACUAGCUGGAUUCUCGUCAUCUUCUAGCCUCUCUAGCAACAAGAAGCUCAAGAAGAAGCAGAAAAGCCGAAGUGAUAAGAACAAGGCUAGAAGCCGAGACACAUCUUCCAAAGCGUAUGUAGGUCAAGGCAUAUUUGCAGUGGCCUCUCCAGCUGGCGCAGAUUACAAGUUGCCUUUGGGAGCAGAUCAAUUGCGCAAUGGCGCCAACUUUAAGGCUUCCAAUUCAGCGAAUGGAUCAAGUGUCACAAUUAAUGAUGAGAGCACCGGCUUAUCAGAUAGCGACAGCGAAGAAGUUACAGGGAAUUCGCGGAUCGAAGAAAGAGAAGUAGAUGGUCAGAACUCAUUUGAUCCAUUAGGGCCCUCCCGAAGAUCUCAAAUUUUCGGAAGCAGGUCAAAUACUGCUAGCGUCGAUCAGUUCAGACAUUUCACAAAAAGUUACUCUCAGAGUGAUCUUUGUGAAUUGAGUACCACUACAGUCCCCCAAUUCUCUAGAAAAUUUUACUCAAAGCCUUAUGAGCUUAUGCCAAUGAGUCUAAGAGGUUCAAGCAGUGCUGCGCAAAGCCUUAACUUCAGCAGAGCUUCGAAACCCAGCAACAUGUCAAGUUUGGAGCUACAACUUCGCUCUAGUAAUGAUCUUGCUGCAAGUGGGUACCCAGAUAUGUACAAGCGAUUAUCUGAUCUAAGCAUUUCUCCUGAAGACCAAGCUGAACACAACGCAAGGCGCAAGCAAUACGGUCCUUUUGAGAAGCAAUUGUGGCAGUUCCAAAGACGUCGUCACAUAAAGAAUGGUACCAUCCCCCGUCUCAAAGUGAAUCCCUAUGAUGACCUGCUAAGUCACAUUGAGAUCCUCUGUGGGGAGCACAAUAACGAAAUCGUCCGUUUUACUACCAGCAGAUACGGCGAUCUAGACCUCUACGCAUCAAUCCAACGGGACAAGGACCACAUAGUCUCGUUAUUCGAAAGAGGCCCACAGCUCAGCAGGAAACGCCCCAUCAAGGAUUCAAGCAAGGACACAAUGGGGCUCGGAAAGUUACCGCAUUCACGCUGA